AUGAAACCCUAUCUGCUGGUGUUAUUCUUUUCGAUUUGGAUUCAUUCCUGCAACUCAGCUGACAUUGUGCGAGCGCUCAUGGCUGAAAAUGAAGCGCUAAGGAAAUUGAUUCAAAUCGCAAGUGAGGGAAAAGCGAAUCACAUUUUGUGGGAUUGUGUGUCGAAAUGUUUGAAAGAUCAGAAUUUUGACGAUUUGGUGAAUCUAACGAGCACGAUUAGUCCAGAAACGACGACCGGAGGAAUGGGUGAACUCCCGACAGAGGCUGAGGGCACGACCCCGACCAGUGAAGAGGAAGCACCUGGUGAAUCGAUCACUACAAAAUCGCGUGAACCGAAUGCUCACGACAGAACGCCAAGACCGGGCCCAAGUGAAACUCCGAGCAGCUCGGAAUCAAUCGGAACAGAGAGUUCAACGAGUCCUGACCAAACCACUACUGCGACAAAGGGCACCACUGAAGCCACUACAACUCCAACCCCAAGAAAACCGAAUGCUCACGAUAGAAAUCCAAACAAUGAUCAAGAAGUUUCAACGAGCACUGAAUCGACUAUUGGAACAGAGCCAACAGGUGCAACAGGAUCAACUGAUGCACUCACAGAAAAGCCAUUGAUCCCCGAUAGUGAACCACGCGCGAAUGAGCAGGAACAGCCCAUCACAACAGAGAGUCCGCUUGAAGGAUCGACUACUGGAAUUGAUGUCACGGGCUCGACCACAACAAAACAGCCAUCAACAGAGCGUGAUGGUUUCGGGCCAGCGGAAGAGCCUCAAAUCGGGUCCGAUGGACAAGAACCCAAAACAACUCCGACAAGUUCAACCAUAAGCGAUGUUGAGCCGAGAACCGGGGAGCCGCCUGAUCGAGUACCUGAUAGUCAACCGGUGGCCACAAGUUCUACUGAAGGAAGCACAACAGAUGAAUCAACAACGAAAGGUUUAGCAGAGAAGCCCGGAGAGCCGAAAAUUGGUCCAGAUGAUAGAACAGUGACUCCAUCCGAGAAGCCUGGCGGGAGUUCGGAGAGUACAUCAACCACAACAGCUUCUUCAACUGGAGGGCCAUCGAUUGGUGAAGAGACUUUUCGAAAAGGAGAACCCUUUUCACCAGAUAAAACUCCGACAACCGUGAGCCCAAACGAAGCAACUGGGGAAACUAGUACUUCAGCUUCUCAUCAAAAAGUGAUUCACAAAAACAAAAAGAUCACUGGUCCAAAUGGUGAAGAUUUAUUCGAGGAGUACACCGAAUAUGUGGAUGUGGAUGAUGAUGGGAAAAGAAAAGUGACAAGGAGGAAGAAAGUCCGCGGCAAAGAUGGGGAGGAUAAAUGGGAGGAGUGGACAGAAUAUGAAGACGAGAGUCAAUCAAAGGGAGAAACAAAAUCUUCUGGCAAUACUCGUAAAAAGAAGGUGACUCAUCGAAAGAAAACUCGAAAUGAAAAUGGGGAAGAUAAAUGGGAAGAAUGGACUGAAUAUGUUGAUGAGGAUCAGAUAAAAACUGGAACAACACAAGCUCCAGGUGGAAGCUCGCACCACAGAAAAGUCAUUCAUCACUCCACUGGAACAAAGACACCCGGCCAAAACGAGGAAUGGACUGAAUACUAUGAUGAGACAAGUGCAACAAAUGGAACCAAAGGUACGAAUAAACAAGUACACAAAGUAACACAUCUUGGGAAAAAUGGAGAGGAUCAAAUAGAAGAAACGGUAGAAUAUGUGGAUGAGAAUGGAAAUGUGAUCUCAAAGGGAACAACGGUGAAACCUGAACAGGAAACUGAAUCGACUACAACAAAGCAGCCAUCAACUGAAUUGACGGGAGAGCCUCAAAUUGGGCCAAAUGGAAAAGUGAUCCCUACAGAACCACCUAAGGCCUCGGAAAGCUCAACAAGUCCUACAACAGAAAAUGAGUCGACAACACUGUCAACAACAGGUGAAAGCGCCGCACCAACAAACCUCGAAGCAACAACAAAAGCUGGGAAGGAAAAGGAACCAGCUACAACUAUAGGAGAUGUUGUCACUUAUGAAGAGUACGACGAAUACGUAGAUCCAGAUGGAAAAGUCGUACACGGAAGAAAUAAAUCGGUAGAAUCCACAACAAUAUCGUCAACACAUAAACCAAUCCCUCUACCACCUGGAUUUUCAGCAGAUAAGCCAUUGAAUCCCGGACAAGAUGUGCCUCAUUUAACAACUGAUGUUGCAAAGGUGAUUGAAAAGAAACCGGAACCUGGGUCAAACAAAGAAGGUGAAGGCUUAUCGACUACAACACCAAGUAGUGAAAAAACAACUGGGAGUACUACUGGAGCCACAACAACAAUUGGAGAAACGAAAUCCACUUUAAUGACGCCAACUUCAAAAAGUUUACUUGGCUCCCAAACUGAAACAGCAACAGAAAGUUCGGAGACGUCAACAUCAGAAGGAUCAACAUCCGAAUCAACUACAACGAGUGACAAAGAAAAACCAACAACUGAAGCGACUCAAUCCACCACUUCCCCUUCCACUGAUCAACCAAAAUCUAAAGAACCAACAUCGACAAAAUUUCUCGAAGUCUAUAAUCACAUAGACGACUGUGUCCUCCCUUCGCUGGAAGUGGCGAAAGAGAUCGAUUACCCGGAAUUUGUCGAUGAAUUCAAGAAUAACAAGGAUAGGACAAUGGAUCGGAUGAAGAAAUGGGUGGAUGAUAAGAUUGAGGAGCAUAAGGAAGAUUUGAGGAACACGUCUGGGGAUUGCAACACCCAGUCCGGCUUACUGAAAGCGAAGUCGAUGAAAACGGCGAUGAAAUUGAUCGAAGACUCUUACGUUUUAACACAAAAACUUCGGGCACCAUGUGAAAAA